UGCCAGUGUGUGUGUCUCAAGGUUUAUCAGGUUUGCUCCUCCCAUCAUGGACAUCUCUUUGAAUGUGGCUGACUACACUUUCAGCUCCUAGAAAAUGGUUAAUACUUUCAAACUAUGUUAAAGUUAAAGUUUGGUAGGAAGCAGUUGAACCGGAUCAUUUUAAAUCCUGAAGCUUCCAUCCAGCCCUUUGUUGGUGGUAAUUAGCAGAAGUGCCAUCACCUGGAAAUAAAAGAGGCAGCAUCUGUUUGAGGAAGUUCUACUUUUCUGCUCAGAUGGCUUCCAAGUUUGGCCAGAAGAGAGUUGGAAGACGCUCGGAGUACUCAGACUCCUAUCUGCUUAGGAAUACCAGCCCCAGCCCUCUGAAUGAGCUCUCUCACAGCGCCUCCUGGUGGGCUGACAGGGAGGAGCACAGAGAGCAAGGAGACUCCCCCAGGGAGCAACUGAAGGAGAUGGAUCAGCAUGUGGCCAGGCUUCAGGACAUGCUGACAUGUGAACGGGCCAAAUGCACUCGCCUGCAGCUGCGGUGUAACCAGCAGGAGGCUGAGCUUAGGCGUCGAGAGCAGCACACCAGCAGACUGAAGGAGCGAGUGUUUCAACUGACUGAGCGGCCCAGAGAGAAAGGACCCACCAUAGAGGUGUUGAAUUUUCCGCCUGGAGGUCGAGGCAAAAGAGAACAGACAAUCAAAUUAUUCAGGCCUCCUGCAAAAAGAGAAGAAGAGGCGCUGCGUCUGAUGCUGGAGCGCAGAGAAGCAGAGCUCAGGGAGGCGAUGAAACUGCGCCACAGCCUCACCACUUUACUUCAUGCGCUCAGAGUCGACAUGGAGCAUACCCUGUCGGACGUGGUGGAUGUUCAGGACGAGGCCCAAAGUGAAGACAAAAGGUUGGAUCAAGCUGAGAGAGCGCUUGGUGACCAUGUAACAGGAGGUGUGGUUCAGAGUUGGAGGCAGGUGCAGAGGAGACUGGGUGGCGUCCCAUCUGAAGGCCGCGCUGGCGUUGAUACCGACCAUGACAAGCUCCUGGCUCGACUAGAAACUGAACUGAAGGAGAGUCAACAGCUUGUCAGAUUACAACAACAGCUGCUGCAUGACAGCCUUGCUUCACCUAUCACCUCUGAACUGGCUGAUUCCUACUUUUUGGAAGAGUGGGAACGUCUCCAGGUGCGAUCGGCGGAGCUCGAUCAUCAGAGGCGGACUUUUGAAAGGGAGAGGCAGUCCUUCACCGACGCUGCCAUCCGACUGAGCCAUGAGCGUCGUGAUUUUGAGCAACAGAAGGCCUCUCUCCUGAAGCAGCAGUAUCUGUGUGACUCACCUCUGUCUGGUAAAGGAGCACCAAGCAUCAACAGGAGAGACAGCACUGCUUUCAAUUUCUCUAGUUUGGGACCCACUGGCAUAUCUGACUGUCUUCCCUUCACACCGUCUUCCACCAAGCCGGGGACAGCCGCUCGUCCCGGAUCACACGAGGGAAGAGGCAGAGUUCAAACCCCCAGCACCCCUGAGCUCUACUCUGCCCUCAAUCUGUCAUACAACUGCAGAACCAGAGAGGUUGAUGACCAUUCAGAGACAUGGGACGGCCGAGCAGACAGGAUGGUGCACACACAACAGGCUCCACACUUAGACUGGUCAUUUAAAUCCAAUUUUGAUGAUAGAUGGUGAUUAAAAACAUAUUGUACCUUAUUUACAUUUUUUUUUAAAAAUAAAGAUUGAUUAUAUUUUUAUCCAA